ACUCAGUUUAGUGAAGGAGAGAAGAGAGAGAGAGAGAGAGAGAGAGAGUAGUUUUGUUAUAGAGACACGAGGCAUUGCUCAGAGAAGCUCAGCACUGCAAGAAAUCAGAGAGACAGAGAGAGAGAGAGAGAGAGAGAAGCAGAUGGGGUGUGAGAGAAUUAAAUUGGCGUAGCAGAGGAGAGAGAAUGGCCAUGGCGGCGUUGCAGAGAAAGAGAGAGAAAGAAGAGCAGCAGAAGCAGCAUCGGCAGCUGUAAUUCUGUGUCCUGGAAUUAAAUGAAUCUACUCAAUUCCAACACUGUCAACUAAAAGGAAACCAACCCAAAGGAAACAAAGAAGUAGAGCAAGGAAUUGAAGGUCCGAUUAAUACUGGUCCUCAGUUUCUCCAUCCUUCAAAGCUGCCGAAUUACUACUAGUUGGCUGGCGCAAUUACCCUCGAAACCACCACUCCACCACCGCUACCAAGAACAAUAACAAGAACAAAACUAAUCAGCAACUGCUCGGUUGUUUAGAGACCAGAUAAAGUGAGGAGAGAGAAACAGACACUCACGGAUACAAUACACGUAUACAACACAAAAUACGAAGAGGAAACAAAUUGCAAGAAAAAUUCUCUCUCCCACUCAAAACCCAAAAUUCAAGAAAUUUGAGAGAAGAGACUACCCAUUUCAUAUCUGGGCUUUAUUCACAAGCCUAAAACCAGAGAGCUAGCUUCUGAUAUGGAUUUUCUCUCACAAUUGACGACUGGGUCAGGUUUAGAGAAGGAACAAUGGCUGGCCUGUUCUCACUAGGUGGAGGAGGAGGAGGAGGAGGAGGUAGAGGAAGUAACCAAGACGACCAAAAUAACAACCCACCAACUGAAAUCCCACAAGAAAGCUGGUUCUUGUACAAAAAUGAAGAUAUUCCUUACAAGGGUUUUGAGCUAUGGCAACAGCAAGAAUUUCUCCAACAACGCCACCAAAAUCAACAGCAAGAUCUUUACUCUUCAGCUGCUGGGUUAGGGGUAGGCACCAGCAGGAGCUCAAUCAACGUCUCUGAUGAGCCUUCGUCGAGAUCAGCCUUCGUGAUGAUGAGGUCCAGCAGUGGAGGCAUGAGCUGCCAAGAUUGCGGCAACCAAGCCAAGAAAGAUUGUAUAUACAUGCGGUGUAGGACUUGUUGCAAGAGCCGAGGAUUUGAGUGCCAAACCCAUGUUAAAAGCACAUGGGUUCCUGCUUCUAAACGCCGAGAGAGGCAACAACAACUCGAUGCCUUGCCGCACCAGCAGCAGCAACAGCAACUGCAACUUCGGGGAGAGAAUCCCAAAAGACUUAGAGAGAAUCCAAGCUCUUCCUCUCUCGCCUGCCCUCGCUUACCCACCAACGCCUCAGGGUUGGAACUGGGAAAUUUCCCUGCAGAAGUUAGCUCUCCCGCUGUUUUUCGCUGCGUAAGAGUGAGUGGAAUUGACGAAAAUGAUGAUGAUCAGUACGCUUAUCAAACGGCUGUCAACAUUGGAGGCCAUUUGUUCAAAGGUAUUCUUUAUGAUCAUGGCCCUGAAAGCACCUACAUGCCUGCUGCUGAAACCUCCUCCGCUGGUGCUAGUGGCGGAUUUCAACCGCCUAACUUAAUCACAGCUGGUACUGCCACCGCAUCCGCUGCAAUCUCUCCCACCGGUGGCGUAACGUCUGCUUCAUCAAGUGCAGCGGUAGCAUUUAUGGAUCCUUCAUCUCUAUACCCAACUCCAUUGAACACUUUCGUUGCUGGUACGCCAUUCUUCCCAAAUCCAAGAUCAUGAAAUGAAAACCACCACAUUUCGUUGUCUUUCUGUCUCUUCCAUUUUUCUACCUUUUUCACUGUCUAUUGGCAAGUAUUUGAUAUUGAUGAUGAUAAAUGCAGUAGUAGAGAAGUUCAUUUUACACGUUCAUUGAAGUAGAACUACCUAAACUGAAGAAAAGAGAAAAAAAAAAAAAAAAAAAGGAAGCAAAGGAGAGAAGAAAACAAGGAAAAAAAAAAGUUAAAGAGAGAUCGAAACUAAGAGGAAAUCAGGAACAUGAUUUUGUUGUUCUUGUGCAAAUUUGAAUGCCUAAGUUAUUCUUCCCUUUCUUUCUCUCUUUAUUUCUCCAUUUUUCUUUCUUCUCCCCGUAAAAUCUAAAGUUGUGUUGGUACAAGAUGGGCAGCCGCAGCAUGUAGCGUGUAGUGUAGUGUAUGUGCUUGUUUCUUGUUCUUGAUUAUUAUAUUAUUUUUGUCUUCUUGGUGUUGAA